UUGUUUGUUUGUUUGUUUAUUUUUGUCUCUCCACCAGCAGUCCUAGAAUAAGGCGAUACUUUCUUUUGUCCAAUUAGUUCCUUGAUUAGAGGUGACCUAACUGAGAUGGAUACAUACAUUCUGCGACCUCAUCUGACUUAAUUAAAGUGCGCUCAGUGUUACGCGGCGUGCGUAAUUUCCAGCUACGACGCCAAAGAGAAAGACAGAAAGAAGGAAGGAAGAAAGAAAGAAAAAAAUCGCCUCUGCGCAUCCACCGGAGCUGUUUUCUACGCUUGUCUAUAGGAAUUAGGCGUCUUUCCCCACCACAUAUUGUGUUGUGUGUUUUUUUUUUCUCCCCCCGCAUUUGUGGUGGGAGCUGGUAACGUGGGUUAACUCCAGCUCAAGUCUCCGUAAAAGCGCAGAGAACUGAUGACGUUGGGCUGGAUGACCAAUCGGGAGGCGCUGCCCUUUGGAGACAAACCAUUUUACUUGUAGUGUCUGCAUCAAGUCUGCAAGCGAGGGCUCAAUUUUAACAGAAUCCACCUUAAAAUCUCUCCCUUAACUUAAGUCUACCUUCCGCCACUUUGAGUGAGAAUACCGCAGGACAAGAGAGGAGGGCGGAUGAGGGGGGGGGAUAAAGACGGCAUCGGGAAAUUUGGGGUGUUAAUAGGAGAAAGGGGGGAGGAAGAGACAACAGCACAGCGAGAGAGCGAAAAAGCGAUUUGGUCUUGAGAGAGGAGGGGGUGGGGGUGGGGGGGUGAGUGCUCUCAAGGCAGAAAAUUCGAUGAUGACCAUGACAACGAUGGCUGACGGUCUGGAGGCUCAGGACUCGUCCAAGUCCGCGUUCAUGGAGUUUGGGCAGCAGUCGCACUCGCAGCAGAGCUCCCCGUCGAUGGCCGGCGGCCACUACCCGCUGCACUGCCUCCACUCCGGAUCGCACUCUCACCACCAGCACGACAGCACCGCGUACCCCGGGACCAACACCUACAACCGGUCGCUACCUUACCCAUACGUGAGCCAUCCGCACCACAGCCCGUACCUGCCGUCCUAUCACAACAACGCGGGAGGACAGACGCGGUUAGACGGCGCAGAGCAGCAGAAGACGACAGUGAUUGAAAACGGGGAGAUUCGGUUUAACGGGAAGGGGAAGAAGAUACGCAAGCCGCGGACGAUCUACUCCAGCCUGCAGCUCCAAGCACUAAACCACCGAUUCCAGCAAACCCAGUACCUCGCUUUGCCUGAGCGCGCCGAGCUGGCGGCCUCUCUGGGACUGACGCAAACGCAGGUAAAGAUCUGGUUCCAAAACAAGAGGUCGAAGUUCAAGAAGCUGCUGAAGCAAGGCAGCAACCCACACGAGAGCGACCCCAUCCCGGGUUCCAUGUCCUUAUCCCCGCGCUCCCCAAGCAUCCCUCCGAUCUGGGACGUUUCGGCCUCUUCCAAAGGAGUGAACAUGCCUGCCAACAGCUACAUGCCCGGCUACUCUCACUGGUACUCGUCUCCACAUCAAGAUUCGAUGCAGAGAUAGACUGGCGAGGGCCAAACGGAUUGGUGGGGGAGGGGGGUCAGCAAAGGCAGUCUGCAUGGAGGCCCUUUUCUGCGGGAUCUCCUCGCCGUGCAGUACUUUUUUUUCCGCAACGUAGCCUACAAUUUGGACGCUGGAGAGGAGCGAGAGGGUGAAGCUCCUCUGCUGGAGGAUUAAACCAGCCAAGCCUCGGUGACGGGACACAAACUAAAGGGGACUUAUUGUUUUUUCAAGCGUACAUGGCUGUUGAGUUGGCACGUUUUUGUCAUGCUUUCAUUCAUGUCUACAUCUGAAUAUACCAAAUA